CUACUCCAUUUCUUCCAGUCACUCGUCAUUUUAAACCCUCUCUCCUCUUCUUCUCUCUUGAAACUAAUACUAUCUCUCAUCAUCAUUCUUUUCUCAUAAUUCUCCCUUAGAUUCUGUUUAAACGCUCUCUUUCUCUUGUUCCUUUACAGAUCAUCGUCUUACAUCCAUGGCUGAGGAGACUCAAAAGCCGGAAGCAGCAGCAGCAGCGGCGGCGGCGGCGCCAGCUGAGGAAGUGGUGGUUGAGAAGCCCGAAGUUACAGAGAAAGAGCCACCACCGCCUGCUCCCGAGCCAGAGCCUGAGGCACCCGAAAAGCCGGCAGCUGCUGUAGUUAAAGAGAAAGAAGCUGAGGUUGAAUCUGUUGAAGUUCAGAAGCCUAAGGUUGAAGAAAAGGAAACUAAGAUUACUCAGUCGGUUUCUUUCAAAGAAGAAACCAAUAUAGUUGGUGAACUUCCUGAGCCACAAAAGAAGGCUCUUGAAGAGCUUAAACAACUUAUUCAAGAAGCUCUUAACAAGCAUGAAUUCACUGCUCCACCCCCACCGGCCAAAGAAGAAGAAAAGCCGUUAGUGGAGGAAAAGAAAGAAGAAAAGAAGGAGGAAGAGAAGAAAGAAGAAAAAGAGGAAGACAAACCUGCUGCUGCUGCUGCUGAAAUUGAAGAAAAGGCCGAAACGUCUGAGAAAGUCGAGGUUGAAGCACCCUCCCCUGUUGAAGUCAAAGAAGAAGAGAAAACUCCACCACCAACCGAGGCACCAGCUGUUGAGACGGUGGUGGUGGAAACACAGGUGGUUGAGACAGUGACAACUGUCGACGAUGAUGGCGCCAAGACCGUGGAGGCUAUUGAGGAAUCUGUAGUAGCAGUCUCUGCCCCUCCACCAUCGGAGAAACAGGAGGGGGAGGCUUCUGGUUCCAAAGAAGUAGAGGUAGCUCCUUUACCAGAGGAGCCAAAAGAAGCUGAAGUUCCUCCACCUCCACCCGAAGAGGUGUCUAUAUGGGGAAUUCCGCUUCUUGCUGACGAAAGGAGCGAUGUGAUCCUGUUGAAAUUCUUGAGGGCAAGGGAUUUCAAAGUAAAAGAUGCAUUUAUUAUGAUCAAGAACACUGCUCGCUGGCGAAAGGAGUUUGGAAUUGAAGGCUUGCUUGAUGAGGAUCUUGGAAAUGAAUUGGAGAAAGUGGUUUUUAUGCAUGGGUUCGAUAAGGAAGGUCAUCCUAUUUGCUACAACGUGUAUGGGGAAUUCCGAAAGAAAGAGUUGUAUCAGAAUACUUUUGCCGAUGAGGAAAAACGAUCCAAGUUCUUGAGGUGGAGGAUUCAAUUCUUGGAAAAGAGUAUUAGGAAGCUGGACUUCAGUCCUAGUGGUAUCUGUACCAUGGUUCAGGUCAAUGAUCUCAAGAAUUCUCCUGGACCUACCAAAAAGGAGCUCAGGCAGGCCACCAAUCAGGCACUUAACUUGCUUCAAGAUAACUAUCCUGAGUUUGUAGCUAAACAGGUGUUCAUCAAUGUUCCAUGGUGGUACUUGGCCUUCAAUAGGAUGAUUAGCCCUUUCCUAACUCAGAGAACCAAGAGCAAGUUUGUGUUUGCAGGUCCAGCCAAAUCUGCUGAGACUCUCUUCAGAUAUAUUGCUCCUGAACAAGUCCCAGUUCAGUAUGGUGGACUGAACAGGGAGGGUGAACAAGAAUUUUCGGUUGCUGAUGCUGUCAUAGAGGUUACAAUCAAGCCCGCAACUAAGCACACUGUUGAACUUCCUCUAACUGAGAAAUGCAAUUUAGUUUGGGAGCUCCGAGUUGUGGGAUGGGAUGUCAAUUAUGGAGCUGAGUUUGUGCCAAGUGCUGAAGAUGGAUAUACUGUGAUUGUAUCAAAGACAAGGAAAGUUGGUCCAGCUGAUGAAGCAGUGAUCUCUGAUAGCUUCAAAACCGGUGAGCCUGGCAAAGUUGUUCUCACCAUUGAUAACCAAACCUCAAAGAAGAAGAAGUUUCUCUAUAGGUCCAAGGUGAAGCCUUAUUCUGAUUAAGCUUCAAUAAUCAAUUCCUUCUGGUGGGGCUUGAAUUUCCUGUCAAAAAGUAGAAGACAAUGCAUAUGGCAGAAUAAGAAGUGUUCUUUUUUUUUUAUACUACAAGCUUUCUUUUAGUUUUUGUUGAAAAUUUAAUUUAUAAAUUUAGAGUCUUGGGAUUUAUUUUAAUAUAUUUUUUUCUAUUAGUUUAUUGGGAUUUUGCUUAUUUGGUCUUGAAUGUAUACUGUGAUUCUGGGUAUCAUUGAAGAAAAAGAGAGGAAAAUAUGAACAGGGGAUGGACAUGUGUGUAAUGUGAAAAGGAAUUGUUAUUACCUGUAAAGUUUGUGUAAAUUUGUUGGUGUAUUAUCUCUUGUUCUAUGUUCAUUAAUAAUUUGUUAUCAA